UGCCAAAAAUGAAACUGGUCGCAACGUUUGCAUUUUUCAUAAGUGUAAUUACGCUUAGUUACACUCUGCCAGUGGAAUCGAAACCAUGGACGCUCAUUCCUGACGGCGAAGGGCGCAUGCGUAUGGUGAAUAUCGAUCCGACGAAUAUACCAACUGAGGAGCAUGUGGGUGAACCACGAUUUAAUCCAGCGAAUGAUGUGGUGUUUCGUCUGUACACUAGGCGCAAUCCGGUUCAUUCCCAAGAUCUGCUAUGGUACGAUGCCACGUCUAUCACAAACUCAAAUUUCAACCCCGCUCAUCCGACACGAUUCCUGAUCCAUGGAUGGCUCGAAGGUGAGGAUGCUACCCUGCACUAUAUGAUCAAGGAUCACUAUCUACGAGUUGGUGACUUCAACGUGGUUGCUGUCGAUUGGGGGUCUGGAUCGCAAACCAUCAACUACAAAGCAGCUCGCAAUCGCGUCGGUGGCGUGGGAAUGAUUGUGUCUCGGUUAAUCGAUGUAAUUCGGUCUUCCACCGGACAGGCUCAAAGUCUGAUAAACAUUAUUGGAUUCAGCCUGGGAGCGCACGCUGCCGGCAAUGCGGGCAAGCACCAAAACGGGCAAUUAAAUACCGUCAUUGGUUUGGAUCCAGCUGGCCCACUUUUUUCAUCGGGACAGGCCGACAUAUUGACGAGCAGUGAUGCACUUUACACUGAAGCGAUAUACACCAAUGCAGGAAGGUUGGCAUUCGAUGGCCCAUUGGCACAGGCCAACUUCUAUCCCAACGGUGGACGGUCCCAGCCCGGUUGCAUCUUGGAUUUAAUCGGAAUUUGCGCCCAUAAUCGGGUCAACGAGCUCUUCGCGGAAUCAGUCUCUACGCAGACGCACUUCAUCGCUGUGCCUUGUGCUACUUACGACGAGAUUCGGAGAGACCGAUGUACCGGCGUCGGACCGGCGGCAAGAAUGGGAAGCGAGCCCUCGAAUCGGGGGCGAGGUGUUAGUGGAUUGUACACCUUGAGUACGAACUCGAGAUAUCCGUUUGCGAGGGGGUGAAAGGGGAGAGAGACUAACAAAAAUAUGACUGAUAUUAUUUGCAUUUACGUUAUAGUAAAAUAAAAAUUACACGUGAUA